AUGUCUUCCGCGGCCCCCAACGGUCACUACGUGAAUGGAUCCGCGUCCGGCACAGAUGCGAGUACGGAGCGGACGCAGAUUAUCAACGACGACAAGGAGUUCAACCAGGACCUCGACAAGCAGAUCGAGCAGUGGGGCCUCCAGAGCGCGGGCUUCGACUACAACCUCGUCGCCGUCUUCGGCUCUCAGUCUACCGGAAAAGUGCGUACCCUGCUCAACCGACUGUUUGGCACAAACUUUGACGUCAUGGAUGAGACACGACGACAGCAAACAACGAAGGGUAUCUGGAUGUGUAAGGGGAAAGGGAUGAACGUGUUGGUUAUGGAUGUGGAAGGAACAGAUGGACGCGAACGCGGAGAGGAUCAGGAUUUCGAGCGCAAGUCUGCGCUCUUCUCCCUGGCCUCAUCGGAGGUUCUCAUUGUAAACAUAUGGGAGCACCAAGUUGGUCUCUACCAGGGAGCCAACAUGGGACUCUUGAAGACUGUUUUCGAGGUUAAUCUCGGGUUAUUUGGGAAAAAGACCCCUGACAGUCGCAAUCAGCGCACACUGUUGUUGUUCGUCAUCCGUGACUUCAUUGGUGCUACACCGUUGGAGAACCUUCGGGCGACAUUGACGGCGGACAUGCAGAAGAUCUGGGAGACGCUAUCGAAACCCGCGGAGUUGAAGGACAAACAGUUGUCGGACUAUUUCGACCUCUCCUUCGCCGCACUCCCCCACAAGAUCCUUGCCGCUGACAAGUUCGAGACCGAGAUCGGAGAGCUGAGGAAGCGAUUCCUUGACAAGUCGAGAAACGACUUCCUCUUUUCUCCCUCCUACCACAAGCGCAUUCCGGCUGAUGGCGUCGCGUUUUACAUGGAGGGCAUUUGGGAACAAGUGCAAACCAACAAGGAUCUCGAUCUUCCGACCCAGCGCGAGCUCCUUGCGCAGUUCCGUUGCGACGAGAUCUCGAGUGCUGCUCUUACAGAGUUCAACGAGCAGGUCAAGCCUCAGCGGCGACCAGUCGAGUCUGGCAAGGUGGUUAACGAACUGGGCAAGAUGAUGCGUGCAUGGAGGACACAGGCUCUGGACCGAUACGACCGCGACGCGUCGCGCUACCACCAAGGCGUUUACAAGCGCAAACGCGCUGACCUCGUUGGUGUGCUCGACUCAACGCUCUCGCCGCUCUUCCUUGGGCAGCUCAAGAACCUCCACAAGGCUUGCCUAGCGCAGUACAAGAAGGAGAUGCUUGACGGCAUGCGCGGCGAGGGCUACAACUUUGCGGACGUCGUCAGCGCAGCACGCGACCGCCUCGAGGUGCGCUUCUUGGAGGGUGCGAAGGAGGCUAUCGUCGAGGGCACCGACUGGUCGUACGAAGAGGAGCUCAGUCUGCUCCGCGAGGAGGCCCGUGUGGUCGCGGAUCAAUGCAGGAAAGAUGAGACGAAGAAGAUGGUCAACCUCAUCGAGCGCAACUUCAAGAAACAAAUUUCUGACCCGGUCGAGCUCUACUUGAACAAACCUACGGCUGACAUGUGGGACAAGGUGCUGAAGGUGUUCCAAAACACGACCGCGCUUGCGUCGCUGCGCAAGCGUGCAUGGCUCGCGCUCCGCUCGAAGAUCGACGAGCAAACCGCGGACGCCGUGUUUUUGGGCCACCUGCGCACCUACUUCGAGGAGCGCUUCCGUUACGAUGAGGCGGGGACUCCGCGUGUGUGGAAGCCGGAUGAUGACAUCGAUGGCGCGUUCAAAAAGGCAAGGAACAGGUUGACCCUCGAACUCAUCACCGUGUACUGGAAGAUCAAACCGCUCGACGCGUCACUUGAGUUCAGCCUUCCUUCAGAAGCUCCCGACCCGCUUACGAACUCGGAGGACUUCGACUUCCCUGUGACGCUCACGAUCUUCUCCGAGACGAAGGCACUCGACCUCACUAACCGGUUCCGGAAGGACGCGGACGCGUACUACCGUGGCCCAAUCCCUUACUGGAUGUACGGCGUGCUCGUCGUACUCGGCUGGAACGAGGCGAUGGUCGUGCUCUUCAACCCAAUCUACUUCGCGAUGCUCCUCUUGCUCCUCGCUUCCGCGUACCUCAUCGUCCAGCUUGGAAUGGUCGGGCCUGUGUUCCAGAUCUUCAGGAGUCUUGGUGGCGAGGUUCAUCGUCAAGUCGAGGGUCGUCUCCGCGAGCACUUUUCGGAACCAGUGCGCGCUCAGCCCAUUCGCUCUUCAACCAUGAACCGCACCCGCACGUACUCGUCGGAAGAUGGCCACGGAGGCGGGACAUCAAGACCGAGCCCAUCAAAGCGUUUCAGUUUUGUACCACCUAGUGGUCUUGGUGAGAUUCCCAGCGUGGUGACCAUGCAGCUCAGAUGA